AUGGGCUUCUCAGCUGCACAUCUCGUCUCGUCAGACGUAUGGGAACGGACUGGCGUCUGCUUCACCGGCAAUUCCGUCUGCUCUGCCGACACGAGCUUACUCGAGGUAUCGAUGUCGCCAACACCCAACUCGGACGUUCGUGGAGCGUCUGCCAACCCUCCUCCGUCUGCACGGUCAGCACCGUAUCCUGCCUUCACCCUGUUCAACUCAUCUGCAGUAUCCUCCUUUGGUAAA